AUGUUCAGAACAGGCUUAGGGGGGCCAGGAGUCCUUUCUUCUUAUUCACGCAAUCUUUGUCUGCGUAGAAGUAUCUCGUUAAAACCAAAUUUCAGCAGAUUUAAGCUCAUCCCGCCUCCAGCUGGGGGAGUACAGGGCGAUGUAAAUGAGGCAUUCAAACCACCCGCUGCUAAUUAUUUGGAGGGUUCCUAUCACUGGUACUACGAGCGUAUAACUUCUGUUGCUUUAAUCCCAAUGUUUGCAAUUGUGCCGUUUUAUGGAGCUUUGACGGGAACAUUGGUGGGUUUUCCUAUACUAGAUGCCGUUCUCUGCAGUACUAUUUUAAUCCAUGGGCACUUGGGUCUAACUAGCUGUAUUAUAGACUACAUUCCAAAGAGAAAGUUUGGAAUCUGGCAUAAUAUUGCAAGGGCCAUGUUAUUGGCAGGGUCCGUUGUAGGCUUAUGUGGUAUUUAUGAAUUGGAAACAAAUGAUAAUGGUUUGACUGACCUGGUUUUAAAACUAUGGAAUGGAAAGAAUAGCGAAGACGCUAAUUACCGUUAUUAA